AGCCCGUCCCUCACAGACCCUUUUCCCGUCUUUUCUGCUGACCACGUUCUCUUUUUGUUCUUCUUGAACUCUUCGUCCUGUAAACUACACCAAUCCAUCCAGAUUGCACUUGGGAUCUUCUUUUUUUGCGUUGCUUUUUUUGGAUUCUCGACAAAGAGCGUGGUCUGCCGUGUGUGCACCAUUCCUUUUCCAGCAGCACUACUCUCACGCUACAGUACACCACCACCCACUACUUGCGUCUUGGUGACAACCAAUCGCUACCAUGACGGCGUCGUCCCACCACGAAAGAGGUGCCACCGAGCUGGGCGAGCCAAUCAAGCUCAAAAUGUUCUCCAGUCCUCUUGUCCUUGCCAAUGGCGAGGUAGAGGAGGUAGAUGACGAAAAUGAAAUUGUCACCACCAAACAAUUCAUACCUCAGCUUCGACGAUACGAGGAUCCAACGCUGCUCGAAAUUUUCUACGAUUUGUUCUUUGCUGCCACAUACAACAUCUUUUGUGAAAUCAAAGAAACGACUAGUGCAAAUACCUUCAAGGCAUCCAUUGGCUUCUUUUGUCUCCUAUGGCUUACCUGGCUCGCCGUCACCCUAUUUGAAGUUCGUUAUGCGACAGAUUCCAUCUUUUCACGCGUUGCUACCGCCGUUCAGCUCGGCGUCCUCGUUGGCUUCGUCAUUGUCGCUCCAAAUUUCAGUCCCUCUGAGAAGCCCAUACCAGAUGUCACUCCCCGUGUUAUGCAAACUAUGUCCAUCAUCCUAGCCAUCUCUCGCGCCUGUCUCGUCGCUCAGUACGGCUGGAUUCUCCUCCAUCUGCGCAAACACAAGUCCGCCUUCCUUCCUCUAGCCCUACAAAUCACGGUCCACGCUGUCUCGGCUGUCGUGCUUCUCGGAGUUAGCUUUGUGUUUUUGCACAGCCCGCCCGACCACACCUACAUGAUUUGGUACUUCAUUACUGGCGCCGAUGCUAUUCUAAGCGUGGGCAUUUCCCACAUGGGUGAUGACACUAUUGCUCUCAACUCUACCCAUCUCAUGAAGCGAAUGGCUCUUUUGACUGUCAUGAUUUUGGGCGAGGGCAUCGAGUCCAUGGCUAAAAAGCUUAUCCAAAUUAUCAACGGCCCUUCCCUCCUGCCAAAGGCACUGAAUAAUACCGCCCGAGGCCAUAUUACCGCCGUCGCCUCGACCAUCUAUUUCAUCUUCCUCAUCUAUUUUGACUGGCUCGGCCCCAGCUUUUAUUUGCCUCGCGCUCGUCAAACUGCUUGGGUUGCCUUACAUCUGCCUUUCCACCUUUGCCUUGUCUUAUUCAUGCAGAACUUUGUGCAACUUUUGACUUGGAGUACAAUCGUGGACAACGUGCAAGAGUCGUUCGCCUUUGCGGACCCGACCAAUGGUACUCUCAUCCGCACCGAUUCAACCUCAGAGCAAGUAAUGGAUGACAUGCUCAUAAAGGCGACCAACUUUUUUACUAUCUUCCAGCCAACAGUCACCAAUACCACAACAGUCGUCGGCGACGCGCUUGCCAAUUUGCGGCUCAUCCCAGACGACUUUUGGGGUCCCUACUCCGACUGGUUGGACUCCGAUGCGGUCGGGCCCGCUCCUGGAGACAGUAAAUUCUACAAGAUUAUAGUCGACACGUACGAGAGCUUGGCAGUUACCUACAUGAACACCAUUUUUGGAAACUUUGGUAUCGAUGCAGAAGAUUUUGAGAGCCUUAAUAACGGCGAGCCGGACCCAGUGGCUAGAGCAAAGGCCCUCCAGACGGACACUGCAGAACAUAGUUGGGAACGAUAUCGCAUGGUUUUCCUUACCAUCUUCAUCGCCGGCGGCCUGUCGAUCUUGUUUAUGCUUGCGCUCAAGUGCUUGUCCAGCAAACUCACCAAAUCAUUCUGGACUAUGGUCCGAAUCAAUUUGGUCAUUUUUAGCGGCGUUGCAAUGUGUCUCGUCUCCCUCGUUUGGAAAGACAUUAACGCCCCGCUUCCAGCCUUUGUUGUUAGCGCUUGGAUUGCGCCGACAGUUGCCUUGAUUUGGACAUUUUUGGUCCUUUUGACGCAUAUCGACUUUGGCGCUGUCCGCAAGUUGCCCUUGAACUUGAACCUGCUCAAGUAUAAGAAGCUUGGUGAUGCACCACAAAAGGGCCCCCGUGGUGACGCAUGGCCAGUCCCUUCGCCGCCUCUCAAAGAUCACGUCUCGUAUGGUGAUGACUCUGGUUUCUACAAUGCACCGCCACCAGUUCCGUACGCGGCCAACUCCGCGUCACAGGCACCACAAAUCAGCUUGGCGAUACCGAACGGGAGCUCCGAAACACCACAACGGACUAUCAGCUCAGAUACAUAUGGUGUAUACAGCUCAGCAUACAGCCCUGGCUCAACAGCCUAUAGCGCGUAUACAAGUGGGCAACCAGGAGCUUCGACACCGGGAGGUUCGACCGCUUAUACGGGCUACAAUCCUAGUCACUCAUAGAAUGCUAGUGUCUACGACGGGGGCGCCACGGCGGCACAUUUUGAGAAGAAUUCCGGAGUUUUGGAUGUAAAUUGUCUAGCGUGUAGCUUUUAUCUACAGAUAUAUAUCAAUUCUAUUUAUUUAUGUUUUGUCUACCACGCAAAGUUCUCUUGGUAAUAGUCAAUGUGGCAGUUAGCCGUGGCAAGUGCCUGGACAACGGCAAAUCUUGCAUCAUCGAGCAUCCCUUCGGGGCCGCAAGCCAGCACCGCAAUGUCGCUUCCUUGAGCGACGCUUACUGCUCCAUCGACAAUAUCUCCGGUACUAGGCCGUUUAUAAUGGCGCUGUAUGUUGGCCGGUAAUGUACCUCUACAAGAUUGAUCGCCAUGAGACGACGUGUAAAUGUCUACUGUGAGUAGAGAGCCAACCUGUGCCAUGUUAAGAUAGUCCUUGACAACAAGAUCGUACAAUUCCAGCUCUCUAACAGCCCAGUGUAGCUCCACUGUCUUAACUGCCGAUUGAGCGCUCAUAAGAAUCGGGAGAUAGGACAGCGGGCCGACGACACCCGUACCACCAGCAAUGAAUACGACGUGGGAAUAGGUAUUCAGCGGGCGGCUAUGCCCAUAUGGUCCUUCAACGACGACAUUGAGAUUUGCAGAAGUCAUGGCCAAAUCCCGAAGUCUUGCUGUAAAGCUGUCGUACGGACGAAUGAGGAACGUCAUGUGCGACUCGCCCUUUUCGUUUUGAAUCUGCUCUGGAAGCCCAUCGUCCUCUGCUCCAUUGCGAAUGAGAUGCUCUUGUUCGCCGCUAUCGUCGCCAUCUGAGACUGCCUCUUCAAUGGAUGCGACGGUAAAGGGAUGGCUCUGCCACCAAUGCUUAUCGUUGAGCACCAUGAGAUUGUAAAAGACGCCAGGCUUGGGCCGCAGCACUAGAUCUGGAUGCAGCGGAACACUGAGCCGGACAACAUUUGCAUUGUCAUCAUAUUCCACCUUCGAUGGCACUGAGAAUGAAAUCCUGCCAAAGUCCAAGAUGCGAAGCAGCCUGGCGACGCGGUCGAGGACCCAGAUGCCCAUGGGCACCCAGAAUAGAAUGUCAAACUCGCCCAAGAAGAUGGACACAUGGCCAAGCAUAGUUAAGAGAAGAACAAGAGACAAUCCAAUAUGCAGAACGAGAAAUGUUUCGUAGUGGCGGCGACGAAGCCAGUAGAUGGACAGGGGAAUAAGAGCUCCCAUUGCAACCAUUGCCUAAGUCGGUCGAUUAGCAAAAGGUAUUUUCAAACCAUCUCGUCUGGAUACACUUACAAUGCAGCCUGCGUUCCACCACCACUCUUCAAAAUAUGAAAGGAGAUAUGGCAUGCCGCCAUUCCCAAGCACUAGGAUUGUGUAUCCAAUAGUAUGUAUAACAGCCUCGACGGUGGCAAUCCGCGCAAUCCAGCGGUGGAAGUUGUUGUAUGUCGCAAAGUCCCAUCCUGUCAGCCACAUGGCAAAGUUAUUGCGCAUGCCAAAGAGCCACAGCAUGGGGAAGUUGAUAAAGGAGAUGGUGCCAGUGCGAUCUGAGAGGUAGCGAGUAAUUUGGCGGAAAGGUGAUCCAAAACUGUA